AUGAAGGACCAGAAAGUCGAGUAUAUCGCGGAGGACCUGGACACAACGACCACGUUGGAGGAUGCCAAAUCGGUUGGCAGUGAUGAUGCCCUGCUCAUGUCGAUGGGCAAGAAGCCCGAGCUGCGGCGGGUCUACAACUUCUGGACAUUAUGCGCGUACCAGAUCAUGAUAUCGUGCAGUUGGUCGUGUCUGGUGGUCCUGUACUCGACCAUCUUCGACGUGGGCGGCCCGUUCGCUCUCGUCUGGGGCACUCUCUUCGUCGCCGUGGGACAGACGCUCCUGAUGAUGUCCCUGGCCGAAUACUGCACCAUCUGGCCAACGGCAGGCGGCCAACAGUACUACGUCCAGGCCGUGGCGACCGGCAGAUUUAGGCCCUUUUUGUCUUAUCUCGUCGGCUGGGCCGUCAUUGUCGGCGAGAUCAGCACAGGCUCGAGCUGUGCGUUGAACAGUGCUCAAAUCAUUGCGUCGUUUGUGGAGGUCACACACCCGGAUUUUGCCUGGAAGGCCUGGAUGACAUGGAUCAUCUAUACCGCCUUCCUCAUCGGUCCCAUCGUCAUGAACUUGAAGCAGUCAUGGCUUCCGGGAAUGAACAUGAUUGGCGCCGUCUGGACCAUCGCGGGCGGCAUCGCGUGGGCCGUCGUCUUCGGCGUCAUGGCCCCCAAACACGACGCCAAAUUCAUCUUCACCAAGUUCAUCAACAACUCGGGCUACACGAGCGCCGGCUGGGUCUUUAUCAUGUCCUUUUACUCGCCCAUGUACGGCCUCUACGGCACCGAUGGCAUGAUGCAUCUUGUUGAGGAGAUGAGGAAUGCCUCCAGGGAUGCCCCGCGUGUGAUGGUCUGGUCAAUGGUCUUCUGUAGCAUCACCAGCUGGCUCGCCGCGAUCCUGAUGCUGUGGACGGCUGGAAAUUGGCAAGAGUACAUGCUCGCCUCUCAACCCUACAUGAACUGGUGGAUGGAUAUCUGCCACAGCGUGUACGGCGGCGGCAUCUUCUGCGCGCUGAUCAUGAUCGGGCUCAACUUCUUCAUCAUCGUCGGCACCAACAACGCCGGCUCGCGCCUCGCCUGGAGCAUGGCCCGCGACAAGGCCUUCCCUUACUCCGACUACUUUGCGCACGUCAGCAAGAGGUUCCACAUCCCCUUGAGAGCGAUGAUUGCCAUCUUGGUCGUGGACUUGGUCAUUGGCCUCAUCGUGCUCGGCAGUGACCUUGCUUUCGAAUCGAUUAUUUCUGGUGGAGGCGUGACGUUGCAGAUCGGCUAUGUGACGCCGGUGAUUGUGGUCCUCCUCCGCGGCCGCAAAAUCCUCCCGCCCCGACCACACUUCGACCUGGGCCGGUGGGGAUACCCGAUCAAUAUCGUGUCUGUGUGCUGGUCGCUGAUCGUCAUCGUCAUGUACCUGUGCCCGCUGUACGUGCCGGUGACGAUCCCCAACAUCGACUACAUGAACUGGUCGUGCCUGAUCGUCGGCGCCACCCUCCUCUUCCCCGGCAUCUACUGGGUCUGGCGCGCCCGCUUCCGGUACAUCCGCGAGGGCAACUCCGUCCUCGACGACAACAUCGUCUGGAUUGACGGCGUUGCGGUUGGCGGGGCGGAGGCGUUGAAUGCAGGUGGUCCUAAUAAGUAG